UUUUUACUGUUACAGCUACCGCAGCCUAAGCUAAAACUGAAGCGAACUGAGCAAUGGGAAAGAAGAAUAAGAAAAGAGAAGCCGAAACAAACAGUCCAGCUGAAACCCUAACGAAUCUCAGUCCUGUCACCGCCGCGGCCACCGCCACCGCCGAUUCUCGCAAUAAAAAGAAGAAGCAUAAAACGAAAGCAGAGAAAGUAACAGACGGUGAAACCAAAAAAGCUGACGAAAUCCCCACCGUCACCGUAGCCAUCGCUGGCUCUAUCGUCGACAACGCUCAAUCUCUCGAGCUAGCCACUCGUUUGGCAGGUCAAAUUGCUCGUGCUGCAACGAUUUUUCGGAUUGAUGAGGUAGUGGUGUUUGAUAAUAAGAGUAGCUCGAGGAAUAAUGGUGCCUUUUCGAAUCAAAAUAAUUCGAAUGAAAAUGAUAGAGGAGCGUCUUUUCUUGUUAGGAUCUUGCAGUAUCUUGAGACGCCGCAAUAUCUAAGAAAAGCCCUUUUCCCUAAGCAUAAUACCCUCAGAUAUGUGGGAAUGCUGCCUCCGCUUGAUGCACCGCAUCAUUUGCGUAAGCAUGAGUGGGCACCCUAUCGGGAAGGUGUGACGCUUGAUGAAAAACCUACAAGCGCUGUGGGAACAAUGGUUGAUGUAGGUUUAGAUAAGAAUGUUGUGGUUGUUCAAGCACUUGAGCCUGGAAUUAGAGUCACAGUUGCGAUGGGAACUAACCAAAACUUGGAUUAUGAUUUACCUCUCCAGGUUGUCUCCUCUUCCAAGCCUAGGGAAGACACAGGUAUGUAUUGGGGGUAUAAAGUGCGGUAUGCUUCAAAUAUCAGUUCGGUAUUCUCUGAUUGCCCAUACAAGGGUGGAUAUGAUCACUUGAUUGGUACAUCUGAGCAUGGACUAGUUGUUAAUUCAUCACAGCUUAAUUUACCUAACUUUAGGCAUUUAUUAAUUGCUUUUGGUGGACUUGCUGGGUUGGAGAAGUGUGUAGAUGAAGAUUAUAAGUUGAAGGAAAAAAAUGUCCGUGACAUAUUUGACCUGUAUUUGAACACAUGUCCACAUCAAGGAAGUAGAACAAUUCGAACGGAGGAAGCACUCUUGAUAUCACUCCAAUAUUUCCAAGAACCAAUAACUCGAGCAAUGCAAAGAGAUGUGAGCUGAAGAUAACUCGGGCUCUCAAAUGCAUUGACGCAUCAGAUUGGUUUUUUCAUGUCACAUUGUUGGCAAUGAAUCGGAGAAUAUAUCGUUUGAAAGCUGACAAGGUAUUCCUUGGAUUUUGAUACUAAUUGCUGCAUGCAUGCGCAUGCUCUGAAAUUUAUGGCAGCACGUCUGUCUCUGUGUGCAUCUCUUCUCCUCUUAGGCCCUUAUUUC